AUGAUCUCAAAACAAGGGAUUACAGCGCAAUGUUUCUUCCGGCCAAAGAAAUUUUUCAGGAUGUUGUUUCCAAAGAAAAAUUUAUUAUUGAACAACUUUGAGUCAUCAUUAACCGAGAGAUUGAAGAAACUCAUACCUCAAAAUACAGAUGAGAUUCUCACCUUACCUUGGAUGAUUCUAGCUAUGGAAUUACUUUAUGAUACACAUAAUGAUAUAAACAUUCUCAUCACUGAUCUCAAGCUUCAUUAUAUGACUGAUUCGGAGCAUGGAUAUUGGUUUGAGAAUUACAUGAACAUAAAUACAAAAUUGCUCGAUCUGUGUAACGCUUUUAUGUCCUUGCUUCGUCACAUGAACCAUGGCAUUGUUUGCUUAAAGUUCCUUAGGCAUAAAUUAGAAAUGAAAUCUGAGGAUCUAUGCACUGAGAUUUGUUCCGCACUUGAUAGUUGGAGGGAAAAUAUCACCGCGGAAAUAUCGAAAUGCCGCGAAGUUCUUGGGAGAUAUGUUGAAUCAUUAAACUUUCAUAAAUGUCUUUGUGAUAGUUUUGUCGAAUUCCGACAAAGAUAUUUUGCCUAUAUAUGUCUGGAAGCAAUCAUUGUGGAAAAAAGAUUUCUUGGAUUUGCAGACUAUCAAGGUGAUGAUCUUGUUCAAGAGUCCUUUAAGGAAUCUAUUGAGGAAUGCAAAGAAGAAGUCGAGAAACUGGAACAUGGGUUAGAUGAAAUCUUCAGGAAAAUUGGCAACUUGUCUGAUGUAACCUUUAAAGGACGUGAAAUCAUUCGUGACGGUUUAUUUGAUUCAAUGAUUAGGGACAGAAGCUCACAAGAUGUUACACCGCAUCCAACUUCUGCUUGUAGCGGAAGGUCACGUCACGAUAAUAGAGGCAGUCGAAGGUUAGACGACAUUGAAAUGGUUUUGUUGCCAAUAGGCGGUCUUCCAACUUCUGUGCGUAGCUGA